AUGAAAGAGGCUGUGAAGCAAUCAAUUGUCAUUUGCAAGUUUCAUAGGAACACUAAUUCAAAUGCAAAUAUGGGUAGACAAAACAAGAGUGAUAACGACAGUAAUCUCAAGCUCCAGUGCAGUCAGAAUCAAUCACAGCAAGCUUCAAAACCUCAAAACAAGCUCCAGCUUGCAUAA